AAAGCGAAACGAAACUACAAAAAAUGUCGGUUUCUUUAAAAUAUUUCUAAAAGUGUGUUCGCUUCUUUUGUGGUCCUACAGAUCUCAAUGCUAACGCCUCGGCUACAUGUAUAGCAUUUUCAGUCGUUGAACCGGUUCUCUUCUAUAUUUCCAGCCAGAAAUUAUCCAUCACCUCGGCUAUCCAGUGCAAACUUACAGGGUGGUUACUAAAGAUGGAUAUAUCCUAACAUUAUUCCACAUGCCAAACGAUGGCAGCCGAAAUCCACACGCCAAGAAACACCCAGUAUAUUUACAGCACGGUCUUGUGGCCACAUGCAACAACUUUUUGGCUCUUCAGAAAGACUCAUUGGCUUUUGUGCUUUGGGACGCCGGUUACGAUGUGUGGCUCGGAAAUUAUCGAGGUACUUAUCCAUCAGAAGAACACGUGAAUCUGACCACUCGCGAUCAGAAAUUUUGGGAAACUAGUAUGGAUGAUGUAGCCCUCAUUGAUCUUCCGGCUAUUUUCCAUACAAUUCUGGCGCACAGCAAACCAGAUAGCAAGAUCAUCUACAUCGGGCAUUCUUUGGGAACCACAUUUGCUCUUAUGUAUGCCAGCGAGCUUCCAGAUGAGGCCAAAACCAUUAUCAAGAUGUUUGUGCUUUUAUGUCCGGCCUAUACGCUUAAAAACAUGAUUUCGCCUUACAAGGUGUUUGCUCCGUUUGGAAACUGGGUUGUGGAUACUGUUCGCGAUCUUAGACUUGACCGUAUCGUAUCAGAAGCCCAAGAACUGGCAAGACUGACCGCCCCUUGCAUGGAAUCACCGCCUUUAAUGCGACUCUGCAUGCAGCUCUACAAUUUAUUUUAUGGACCCAAGGCGGAUUUUGGGCCAGAAAUUGUUCCGGUUUACUUUAGGCAGCUUCCUGGAGGAACAUCAAUCCAGAUUUUGAACCACGCGGCGGAUCUGGUGCUGGGAAACUUCCGGAAAUACAAUUACCCACCUCAGGUAAACUGGCAAAAGUACGGGUCAUCGAAGGCACCAUUUUUGGAUGUUUCGCGCAUCGAAGUUCCUACUUACAUCGUUUAUAGUACACAAGAUUGGGCCACACCUGAAGCCGAUGCGAUACAUCUCUACCGAAACCUGAACGAAAAGGCUCAAUAUGGAAUAAGAAAAAUCGACUUGCCGUUCUUCAAUCACAUUGAUUUUGUCAUGGGAAGACACGCAAGGCAGAUCGUCUAUGAUCCGUUGAUGGAGGUACUAAACCAAGCUAUUAUGCCCUGAAGCUUCUGGAGCGCCGGGCGGAUUUCCUAGUAGUUAUUUAAGAAAAAAUCCUGUAUAUUGAAUCGCCCACUGGCUUAUAGAGGUAGAAAUUUGUCAGUGUUUAUAGCAAUAUUUACGGUUUUAGUUACCAAAACUAUGAUAGGUUUGAGAAUAUGCUUAUGGAAAAUAUAUUAAUUUAAAUC